AAUUAUUUAUCAUUUCAAAUGGAGAAAACCAAGUUAAUUGUUGCUAUAACUUUAAUUUUAAGUGCAAUUAGUGUUGCCGUAAACACUAUGGAUAUGAAAUAGAUAUUAACUGAGCCUCAGAAUGAUACAUUUUUAAAGAAACUUAACAUUGUAUAUAUUAUAAUUAUUGAAUUUACAGAAUACAGAAAAUGAACAUCAAGAAGGUAUGGCUUAUAGAGAAAUCUAAGAUGAUGGAUAAAUAGAAGGAAUGAGAUACAGAGAGAUAGAAGAAUAAGAAACUUAAUAAGAAAAUCAUAUUGAAGGCAUGGCUUAUAGAGAAAUCUAAGAUGAUGGAUAAAUAGAAGGAAUGAGAUACAGAGAGAUAGAAGAAUAAGAAACUUAAUAAGAAAAUCAUAUUGAAGGCAUGGCUUAUAGAGAAAUCUAAGAUGAUGGAUAAAUAGAAGGAAUGAGAUACAGAGAGAUAGAAGAAUAAGAAACUUAAUAAGAAAAUCAUAUUGAAGGCAUGGCUUAUAGAGAAAUCUAAGAUGAUGGAUAAAUAGAAGGAAUGAGAUACAGAGAGAUAGAAGAAUAAGAAACUUAAUAAGAAAAUCAUAUUGAAGNUAUAAAAGGAAGUUAAAGAGAAAACGAUAGGAUGAAGAAAGAUUGAAUAAAAAAGUAUUAAUACUAAAAUUACUGUCUCAACUAAGACAUUACUAAUUUAUUGAAGCCUUUAGGAUUGCAAAAUAAUAAUCACAAGUCAAUCAUAAAUGUCAGAAUUAUACAAAUAUGCCUUAUAUUUGAUUAUACUGAAUAUAAUUUAUCAGAAUAUUAAACCGCUUCGACGUAUGAAAUAGUAGUUGAUAGCAGCC